AUGGUGACUGUGCCUCUGCUGUUCCCCACCAGCCCGGAGCCGCAGCACACGUUUAACGAGCUCGCUCACACACCGCCUGCCGCUCCUCUCCACUCCAGGGGGAGACUCCUUCAGAUCCCAGACAAGCCGAGUGCUCCUUGCCACGGCGUGGAGUUUGCAUUUCCUGCACUACCAGCCUCUCUGUGCUCCUUGCAGCUCCAGGAACGGGGCAGGAAGAGGUUGAUCCUGUUGCGUGGCUCUCUGCUGAUCCCUGGGCUCCUGCCUGUGAGGAGCCAGCAUUCCUGCUCCUCGCUGCCUUUCCUCACCAUGGAUACUUGGCGCAGGGGGUCCCUCAAGUCCACCACCUUCUUCCGGCGCUUCUCCCUCAGGAGGCACAAAAAGCUGGGCAACCAAGUCAUCAUCCUGAACCAGAACAGCCACACUCUGGACACGGACGGCCAGAAGAGGGAAGGCUUGAGGGAUCUGAAGGACAAGUCUGAGUACCUGUCCUGUCAGAGCGAGCAGAACCUGGCCAAGGCACAAGCCCCUCCCAAGCCUCCCCGGCUGUACCUGGACAGUUCCAGCUGCCCCAACAUCAUCGACCGCACAGAUUCCCACUCCGACCUCUCCUUUUCCGACGCCGCUCCGUACCACAAAGGCACUCCCACGCACAAGGACCAGGCUACGGACCACGGCACCUCAGAGGCAGGUCUCCCCAGCAGCACCACUCUUCCUGAGCUGGCUGACCCCUUCCUGUCCUUCAAAGUGGAUUUGGGGCUAUCUCUCCUCGAGGACGUGCUGCAGACCCUCAGGAAACAGAACCCGAGGGAUUACGCCAUUUGAAGGUAUUCUUUGUCCAUCACAUCCCAGUUACUCACUGCUGCUGCCAGUUCCUCCCGUUCCAGCAGGAGGAAGGAUACUGGAGCAUGCCCGUUGUGUGUGGCCUGUUUUGUUGUCCUCGCCUCACCCACCACAGAGCAUCCCUGUCCUUGCCAAGGAAUCCUCUGGAGCAGAGCUCUGUGCUCAGGUGAGAGCACCGUCUGCUGUCUCAUGGCCAACUUUCCGCUCUCCACCCCGGGAAUUUCCCACUCCGGACUGCGCGUCCCAUCCUCAGGGAAGACUGGCACUUCUUGGGAAAGACUUAUUUUGGGGAUGUGACACUGUGGGGCAGGGACACACAGGGAUUUGGCAUGGAUCACUUGUGGAACAGCAGGCAGCCUGCAAGGAGGCAGCAGCACUGCACCCCGAAGCCAAAGCUUUGAGGGCUGAGAGACGGGAACUGGGGCUUCUCCUCCCACCAUGUUUGGAUGUGAAAGCUCAAAGCUGUUCCUCCGUUUUUUCUCUUCCUCUUUGUGGGUUUCUUUUCCCUUAACUCCAGUGCAGGUAGCACUCCCAGCCAGGUAAGCAUCCAAGUAGGCUCCUGAUACAGCACCAGCAGUGGAUUUAUCCUCCUGGCAGAAGAGGUGUCUCUGACACUGCUGCCUCACGCAUGCACUGAGCUCCCAGCUGUACAGACAUAGAAGAAUAAAUGUAUCUGUGACUGGAA